AUGCUACAAUUCGGCCCUUCACCAACCAUUAACCAUCAUGGGCAAUUGGCCAAGCUGAAGCAAGAAGGGAAGGUACAUCUCUAUAUAGAGGAGUUUCGGCAAUUACAAACCCUUGUGAGGGGAUGGUCCGAAGAAGCACUAGUGGGGACAUUUAUCGAUGGCUUGAAGCCUUGGAUAGCCAAGGAGAUCAAGUUGAAGCAGCCCACUCGGAUUCAAGAAGUAAUGAGGAUGACCGAGAUCCUUGAAGAGAGUAGUAACAUGGAGAGGAGGUUCUCCAAGGACAUGGGGAGUAAAGCCUCAAGGACUUUACAAACCAAGCCACCUUGGAAGAAUAGGGUGGACGGGGAGGUCUCUAAACCGAAGCCUUAUGAGGUGAAGAGGCUCUCUAGGGAGGAAGUGCAAGAGAGGAUCAAAAGGGGUCUAUGCUUCAAAUGUGGAGACAAAUGGAGCAAGGAACACUCUUGCAAGUCUGGAAAGGUUUAUGUCAUGAUUGAGGAGGAGGAGCAUGAGGAGUCCUCAAGUCAUGAGUCCGAACCCGAGGAGGUCGAGCCUAGUGAGGAGGAAGGGGAUGCCGAGUUGUCCCUUAAUGCCAUGUCCGGGGUACAAAAACCCACUUCCAUGAGGGUCAUGGCAUGGAUAGGGAAAUUUGAGGUCACCUUGUUGGUGGAUAGUGGGUCCACCCACAACUUCAUCAAUGCCAACAUAGUCACUAAGGUUGGGUUGAAACCAAGCACCAUCGAGCCUUUUGAAGUUAAGGUAGCCAAUGGGGAUAAAUUAAGGUGCGAAGGGCUUGUGAGGGAGGUGAAAAUGAAUGUACAAGGGGUUAGAAUCGUGGCUGAUUUGCAUGUAUUGUCACUAGUGGGCCUUGAUGUUGUCUUGGGUAAUGCAUGGCUCAAGGGAGUUGGCAAGGUAGUUCAUGACUAUGACAAAAUGACUAUGGAAUUUCGGCUUGGGGCCAAGAAGAGGUUGUGGAGAGCCAUGACAUCCAAGGACGUGAAGUCUUGUGAGGCCAUCACCUUUGAGAAGCUGUGUAAGGGUGGGGCAAGUUGCUUUGCCGUCAUCCUAGCCACUCAAGAAGCACCCUUGGAAGUAGGAAAGGGUGAAGAUAAGGGCAAGGGGGAAGACUUGACAUUGCUGCCCGUGGAGGUACAAGAGGUCUUGAGAGACCAUUGGAAGGUCCUUGAAGUACCAAAGGCCUUACCACCUUCUAGGCCAUUUGAUCAUCGCCUUAUCUUAGUGGAUGAAAGCAAACCGGUCAAUGUCCCUCCCUACCGGUAUGCCCACUUCCAAAAGGAGGAAAUUGAAAGGCAAGUUGAGGAGAUGCUAAAAGGGGGGCUGAUAAGACCUAGCAAUAGUCCUUUCUCCUCACCCGUGCUACUAGUGAGGAAGAAGGAUGGAACGUGGCGAUUUUGCACCGAUUAUAGAGCCUUGAAUGAAGCCACGGUGAAGGAUAGGUUUCCUAUCCCAACCGUGGAUGAGAUGCUUGAUGAACUCCAUGGUGCAAGGGUCUUUUCCAAAUUGGAUUUAAGAGCGGGCUACCAUCAAAUACGAAUGAGGGAUGAAGACGUGCAUAAGACGGCUUUUAGGACACACUCCGGUCACUUUGAGUACCUUGUCAUGCCGUUUGGAUUAUGCAAUGCCCCUUCCACUUUCCAAGCUGCCAUGAACACCAUUUUCAAGUCAUUAUUGAGGAGGUGUGUGUUGGUCUUUUUUGAUGACAUCUUGGUUUACUCCAAGACCAUUGAGGAGCACAAGAACCACUUAAGAGUUGUGAUGGGGAUUUUGGAAGAGCACCACUUCUUCAUAAAGGCUUUUAAAUGUGCCUUUAUGGAGAAAGAACUUGAGUAUCUUGGUCACUUCAUCUCGGGAGAGGGGGUGAAGGUGGAUCAAAGGAAGAUUGAGGCCAUGGUUGAUUGGCCAUUACCCCAUGACAUUUCGGCCUUAAGGGGUUUCUUGGGAUUGACCGGCUAUUAUAGGCGGUUUGUGAAGAACUAUGGGCUUAUUGCUAAGCCACUUACAUCCUUGUUGAAGAAGGACAACUUCUCAUGGACCCAAGAGGCAAGGGAGGCCUUUGAGGAGUUGAAGAGGGCUAGACCACCACUCCCGUGCUAG